AUGGGACGAGGAGGAUAUACGGCUCUAAGAGAGAAAUUGGUAAAUAAUAAAGAACUUGCCAAAGAUGAAAUACCACCCCGGUCAUUAAUGUGGUGUAAAGGGCGUGAAAACAAAGCAGGCGAAAUAGAAGAUGCUAAUGUAAAACUCAUGGUAGAAAAACUAGUGGAACAUGAAAAACAAAUUAAAGAUGGAGAUGUGAAGCUUGAUCCUGGGAUGGAUGCCAUGUCAUUAGUCUUCGGCAAGGAUAAUGGUGGAUUCUUAAAAGGGGUUGGCAUAGGUGUGAGUGCUAGUAGAUAUUUCAAUAUUCCUAGAACCAAAGGAUCUUCAAAAGAACAAAUUGCAGACCUAAAGUUUGAACUACAGAAUGAGAGACUUGAGCUUCAGAAAAAAGAUGAAGAACUUAAAGCGUUGUCAACAAAGGUGAGAGAACAAGAUAAAACACUAAAGCUAGUUUUAGAUCAUCUUGAAUCACAAGGAACAAUGAUACCAAAUCUAACAUCUCACCCGAAUCAGUCUCCAACACAAGUCUUUUCAGUGGACAAGAAUGUUGAAUCUCAUGGUACUCCUGUUACUAAUACUAUCAUAGAGAAAACAUCUAUCACAGAUAAAGCAUUGACAAAGUAA